GGAAUUGCAGGAAUUGACUGAGCAAGGGGAACGCCGGAGGAAGAAAGUCUGAACGAAGAGGGUGGCGGAUUAAAGUAGCCCUCACUCAGCCGCUGGGACAACGCAGACCAGGAAUCGUGGACUCUGGAGCUUGUGGGGGAAACACACUGGAAACACCUCCUCAUUUCCACUUCCCAACUUGUUGUUUUUCCCCUCUAGUUUGGAGGCGAUUGCUCGUGGAACUAAUGUCUAGUGCUUUAUGAAAAUGUGAAAAUCUAGAUUCUGUGGCUGGAGCUUUUUGUUUCGUUUCGUUUUGUUUUCCUGGAGGAGAUAUCUUUGGGAUAGUUUGUUGGUGGUGAAAGGCUGCGAAUUUUUGGAGUGGAUUGGGAGGCGGGGGGGAGAGGAUCUCUCUCUCUCUCUCUCCCUCUACACACAUAUAUAUAUAUAUAUGUAUACAUGCACCGUUUCUCACCUGCUGGAGCAGCUCUGUACGCGUUGGGACUGAGCGGCUGGCGGCUGCGACCAGCACCAUGUCCAAGGUGGUCCAGAGGAGGAACCAUUGGAGCAACAAGGUGCGGGAGAGUGCGGUGGACAGGCAGCAAGGGGAGAGGCUGGCCGCACUGCUGUCCGGCGGGGCUGAGCUGGGGCAGUUCCCGCAGCUGGCGGCCGGGGACGGGGUCGGGGCCGGGGAGGAGCUGCUGCUGCUGCUGGAGGUGGACGGGCAGCCGGUGUCCGGGCUCCCGCUCUACGAUGUCCGCACCCUGCUCACCGCCGGCAACAACCACCCCAUCCGCCUCAAGACCGUCAAACAAGGAAGUAAACUGAACAAGGACCUGCGACAUUAUCUCAACCAGAGGUUUCAGAAAGGUUCAGCAGAUCACGAACUACAGCAGACAAUACGGGACAACCUCUAUCGAUACGCCGUGCCUUGCACGACAAGAUCUCCUCGCGACGGUGAGAUUGCCGGCAUUGACUACAACUUUCUCACGGUAAAGGAGUUCUUUGACCUCGAGGAAGGAGGCUCUCUUUUAGAAGUUGGGACAUAUGAAGGCAACUACUAUGGAACGCCGAAGCCGCCCAGCCAACCGCACAACAGGGAAGUGAGCAAUCGUGAUGCCUUGCGGAGUCCUCAUUCUGGCUCGAAGCCAACCCCAAAGCGCAGCAAGUCCUACAAUGAUAUGCAAAACGCUGGCAUAGAGCAACCAGAGAAUGAAGAUGAUGAGGAAAACCCUGACAUGAAUAGCAGUUUUACAGAUUCUAGUGAACAAGACGAACACACGUUCCCCAAGGAAGCAGCGCCUCUGUACAGCAAAGUAACCAGUUCCAACAACCACAAGGCCGACCUACCGCAACAGCAAGUCGGUCACUCAGAGCACGCCGUCGACAGCCUUGGCCCGCUGCCCGACAACUUGGAAAUGGCGUUCACCGAAAACGGAGAAGUCUACUUUAUCGACCAUAAUACGAAGACCACAUCGUGGCUUGAUCCAAGGUGCCUAAGCAAGCAAGCAAAGCCACUGGAAGAAUGUGAAGAUGAUGAGUUGCCCACAGGAUGGGAGAAAAUAGAUGACCCUGUCUAUGGUGUCUAUUAUGUUGAUCACAUCAACAGGAAGACACAGUAUGAGAAUCCAGUUGCUGAGGCCAAGCGCAAGAAGCACCUCCAGCAGCAACAAGCAGAGGAUUGGACGGAGCACCCAGCACGGCCCGGCCCCAAAGCCCCAAAUUACACACAGAAUAAUCAGGGGUCCUUCAGAGAAACGCCGGCACAAGGAGGCAAGCCCUUCUUCACAAGAAACCCGGCGGAACUGAAGGGGCAGUUCAUCAACACCAAACUAAAGAAGAGCACCCGUGGGUUUGGCUUCACUGUCGUCGGUGGCGAUGAGCCCGAUGAAUUCCUGCAGAUUAAAAGCCUCGUUCUUGAUGGGCCCGCGGCAAUGGAUGGCAAAAUGGAGACAGGUGAUGUGAUAGUAAGUGUGAACAGCAGCUGUGUGCUGGGUUACACCCACGCUCAAGUUGUGAAGAUAUUCCAGUCCAUCCCCAUCGGGGCCACCGUGGACCUUGAACUUUGCCGGGGAUACCCGCUGCCCUUUGACCCCGACGACCCCAACACCAGCCUGGUGACCUCGGUGGCCAUUUCGGACAAGGAGCCGAUCAUCGUCAACGGCCAGGAGAACUGCGACUCGCUCUCCAGCCACAGCAGCCAGACGGCGCCGGUGAACGGCAACGGGCCGAGAGACCAGAGACCGUACAGCCCGUCGUCCGGCGAGGUGUCCUCCUCCAACGGGUCGCACACGGGCUUCGGCAGCGACAACGCCACGCUGGCCUCCUCCAUCGCCACCCAGCCCGAACUCAUCACCGUCCACAUCGUGAAGGGGCCGAUGGGCUUUGGCUUCACCAUCGCCGACAGCCCCGGCGGUGGGGGACAAAGGGUUAAACAGAUCGUGGACGGGCCGCGAUGCCGGGGCCUGAAGGAAGGGGACCUCCUGCUGGAGGUGAACAAGAAGAACGUCCAGAACUUAAGUCAUAACCAAGUAGUCGACACACUGUUACAAUGUCCCAAAGGAAGUGAAGUGACUCUCCUGGUUCAGCGAGGAGGACCACUUCCCAAGAAAAGCCCCAAGUCGCAGGCACUGGAAAGGAAAGACAGCCAGAACAGCUCUCAUCACAGCGUCUCCAGCCAGCGCAGUACACACACUGCCUCACCCGUACUGGGAGUUCCUCCCCUGCCCGACUACCCAGCCAGCGAGGCUCCGACACUCGACCAGACGGAUAUCUCCGGACAAAGGAAGCCAGACCCGUUUAAAAUCUGGGCCCAGUCUCGAAGCAUGUACGAAAGUCGACUUCCUGAUUACCAGGAGCAAGAUAUUUUCCUCUGGAGAAAGGAAACUGGAUUUGGAUUUCGGAUCCUCGGUGGGAAUGAGCCGGGGGAGCCUAUCUACAUUGGCCACAUCGUCCCCAUGGCGGCAGCUGAUGCCGAUGGCCGGCUGCGGACCGGAGACGAGCUGAUCUGCGUGGACGGCACGGCGGUGGUCGGGAAGUCCCACCAACUGGUGGUGCAGUUAAUGCAACAAGCUGCCAAACAGGGCCACGUUAACCUCACCGUCAGACGCAAAGUGCUCUACGCAGCGCCGGGAGCGAAGGCCGAGACGGAAGUGUCUGCCUCGCCGGUCUCGUCUCACCACAGCAGCAACCAGGCGGUGGUGUCGCUAGUCGAGGAGAAGCGCACGCCGCUGGGCAGCCAGAACUCCCUCAACACCGUCAGCUCGGGGAGCGGCAGUGCCGGCGGCGGAGGGACGGGCGGCAGCGGUGGCGGCAACAGCGCCAGCACCGGGCCGAGCCUGCACCCCUACGACGUGGAGAUACGGCGCGGAGAGAGCGAAGGAUUCGGCUUCGUCAUCGUCUCGUCCGUAAGUCGACCAGAGGCCGGCACUACCUUCGGCAAUGCAUGUGUAGCCAUGCCUCACAAAAUAGGUCGGAUCAUCGAGGGAAGCCCUGCGGACCGCUGCGGCCAGCUGAAGGUCGGAGACCGCAUUCUGGCCGUUAACGGAUGCUCCAUCACCAACAAGUCCCACUCGGACAUCGUCAACCUGAUCAAGGAGGCCGGAAACACCGUCACUCUCCGCAUCAUUCCCGGUGACGAAUCGUCCAACCCAUCCUUGCUAACAAAUGCGGAAAAGAUUGCGACGAUCACCACCACUCACGCUCCACAGCAGCAGCAGCAGCAGCAGCAGCAACAACAGGAAGGACGGAAUAAUGCAAAACCAAAGCCAGAUGUAUCAUACGAAUAUAAAUCAGCUCAGGAGCCUGAGCUGCUCACGGUGGAGCUGGACAAAGGACCGAAGGGCUUUGGCUUCAGUCUCCGUGGCGGGCGGGAGUACAACAUGGACCUGUACGUGCUGCGGUUGGCGGAGGAUGGCGCGGCCAUCAGGAACGGGAAUAUGAAGGUCGGAGAUGAAAUCCUGGAGAUCAAUGGAGAAACGACCAAGAAUAUGAAGCAUUCUCGCGCUAUAGAGCUGAUUAAAAAUGGUGGUCGGAGAGUCAGCCUAUUUCUCAAACGUGGAAAUGGUUAUGUGCCAGAAUAUGGUGGGUUGCCCUAUGAAAACGUUACUUUCUUCACACCAUGAGUCAUUUUUUUUCUUUCUCUUAUUUUUUUUAUUACGUUAAAAUCUAGGAUUUUUUGUUUUUCCUUCUUUCACAAAUGUGCAGCUUUUGGUCCUUAACAGCUGCUACUAAUUCUGCGCAUUCACCAUUUCGAUGAGGAAUGGGCUGGAGUAUGUACGUGAUUAGUUACUUACCCCUAUGAAGUUCUCAAUUGUUCAAAUGUCUGAUGAGCAUAUAUAACUAUUAUCCCAAUUGUCACAGUUCAACGGGAACGACAACCACAAUUUAACUUCACACCCUGUGGCCAAAUCUCGAAUAGAAGUGUUAUUAAUAUUUAUUAAUUUAAGUUAUCAUGUUUAUUUAUAGCAUUUUAAAGACUUCAGACUUUAUUUUCUUUUAGUUGUGAACAUUUAGCCAUGAACAGAGCAAUCCUUGUUACCAAUGGAAAAUUUGCAGAAUAGGGUCACAGUCAUAGAGUGAUACAACAUGGAAACAGGCCCCUCGGCCCAACUUGCCCACACCAGCCAACAUGUCC